UUAAUGCUAAUAAGAUUUUAAUAGAACAUAGUAUAUGGUUAAUGAAUGUUAAGUUGUGAUUUAAGUAACAGUUUAAAUAUAACGUUUUUUAAAAAAACAAAUUAUUUUAAAACAAACCUAAACUAGAACAACGACAAUGAGUGAAAUUAUGAAUCCCUCAUUUUCAUUUCCAUUUCAACCGUAUGAAAUCCAAAAAAAGUUUAUGAACGAACUCUAUUUAACAAUUGAAAAUAGAAAAUGUGGUAUAUUUGAAAGUCCCACUGGAACCGGUAAAUCAUUAAGCAUUUGUUGUGGCGCCCUGCAGUGGCUAAAAGACAGCAACAAGAAAAUUUUAGAGGAUCUAACAAAGGAAAUAAGUCAAAUUAAACUUGAACUUUUAAGCAAAGCAGAUACUGAUGAUUGGCUCCAAGAAGAGUAUAAUAAAAUAAAAAAGAACCAAAUUUUAAUAAACUUGCAAAUGAAAUUCAAUAGUAUAACACAGAAAGCAAAAGAGUUUGAUGAAUUAAAAAAGAAAACUAUGAAACAAAACAUUAGUGUUAAUAAAAAUGAUCAUUUUAUUAAAAAAAGAGAUAAAGAUAAUGAAACAAAUAAUGAUCACAUAUCAGAAGAAAAAGAAAGUAUUGAUGAUCAAGAUCUUAUUAUAGAGGAAAGUGAAAAUAGGGAAGAUGAUUCUGACAAUGAAGAAAUAAAUUUAGGUGCGAAUGAAGAAAAUAACACAAAGAUUUAUAUAAGCAGUAGAACUCAUAGCCAACUGUCACAGUUUGUAGGUGAAAUCAAAAGGACGAUUUUUAAAUAUAACACUAGAGUAAUCACUCUUGCAUCGAGACAGCAUUACUGCAUAAACUCUGAUGUUAAUAAAUUAAAAAAUGGUAAUCUUAUUAAUGAAAGAUGCCUUGAUAUGCAGAAAUCUAAAACAAAGUCCACUUCCAUUGCUGAAGAGGGUAAAGUGUUAAAGAAAACAAAGACAAAAUCUUGUUCAGCAUGUCCAUACUAUAAUCAGAACAAUAUAGCUAAGUUAAAAGAUCAAUUACUAGUUGAAAUAAUGGAUAUGGAAGACAUAAUAAAGUGUGGAAAACAAUUGAAAGCAUGUCCAUACUAUGCGUCCAGGAUGGCUUUGGAUGAAUCAGAGGUAGUUUUAAUAAGCCAUGCCGGUAUAGUAAGCAGUGGAGCGAGAUCAGGGAUAUCUUUAAAAUUGAAAGAUAAUGUUUUAAUCUUAGAUGAAGCUCAUGGUCUGACUGCAGCUUUAGAAAAUGCUCAUUCGGCUCCAGUGUCUUUUAAACAAUUAGGAUCUAUAAAGACAUUUUUGGAAUUCUACAUUAACAAAUACAGAACUCGUUUUAGUAGCAAGAGUCUUUUACAGUUGAAUCAAGUUAGUUUUAUAGUUGGAAAGUUAUUAGGUCUCAUAAAACCAAAAUCGACAAAUGAUAAGAAGCAACAGGCAACAAUAUACACACUAGAGGAUUUUGUUAUAAAAUCUGAAAUAGAUCAUAUGAACAUACGUCCCCUAGUGGAAUUCUGUAGAAAUACGAGACUGGCCCCAAAAUUACAUGGCUUUUCGAUAAGAUAUAGUCAGCAAGGACUCAUGGAGGAAAAUAAAAAAGAACCAAUCAACAAAAAGGCUAAUUUUAAGGAAUUUCUUAGUAACAUAUCAAAGAAGAAAGAUGAACAUGAGCAACUUGUAAAUGCACCAAAAUUAGACAUAAAAUCAAAUAAUCAGAUGCCUGUAUUAUUAACGGAAAUAUCAGCUGGUAGUGGGUUAUAUGCAGUUCUGGAUUUUUUGGAGAGGUUGUGCGAUCGAAGCGAAAAUGGGAGAGUUUUAGCACAUGUUGGGGAAACUGGACACCUCAAGUAUCUCCUUUUGAACCCAGCAGAACAUUUUGAGCAAGUUGUCAGUCAGUGUCGAUCUGUCAUUCUAGCAGGAGGUACAAUGGAACCGGUGAACGAGUUUCAAGCCUUGCUAACAAAUAACCAAUUAAGCACAGAAUGUGUUAAUAUAGUAAAAUGUGAACAUGUUGUGGCGCCAGAGAAUGUGUUGGGUGUUUGUCUAUCAAAAGGUCCCUCUAACGUCAGUUUGAAUUUUUUAUAUGAAAACCGAACUUCUAAAGACUUGUUGAAUGAAGUUGGUCGCAUACUAAGAAACGUUUGUAGUAUAGUACCCGACGGUGUCGUAUGUUUUCUUCCAUCAUACUCAUACGAACAGUUGUUAUACGAUCAUCUGAAUUGCAGUAAAGUUAUUGAAAUUAUAAGUAAGAAGAAAAAGAUAUUCCGAGAACCUAAAUCAGCAUCGGAAGUUGAUGAGGUUUUACAAAAGUAUGCCGCGGCCAUAAAUGGUAAAGAUACAGGGACAGGAACUCAGAAUGGUGCUCUCUUAUUUAGUGUAGUUGGUGGAAAAUUAAGUGAAGGUCUGAAUUUCAGCGAUAAUUUAGGUCGGUGUGUUAUGGUAAUCGGCAUGCCUUAUCCAAACGUAAAAUCCCCAGAACUACAAGAAAAGAUGAGUUAUAUGAACAAAAGAAAUCUUGGUGCGGGAAGCAUUUAUUAUGAAAAUUUGUGUAUGAAAGCUGUCAAUCAGUGUAUUGGUAGAGCUGUGAGGCACGCUAAUGAUUUUGCUUGUGUAUUGCUAGUAGAUGAAAGAUAUUCUAGACCUCAAACCAUUUCAGCAUUACCUUCAUUUGUACAGAAAUCUCUAAUAUCAAACUGUACAUUUGGACAAACAAUGGGAUGUGUGGCUAAGUUUUUUGCAAGACAAAGAGAAAAAAAUAUUAAAGUCUAAAAAUAAUUUAUUUUAAAAUUUUAUACAUACAACUCUAAUUCUAAUAGCUGUGAUAAAAAUCUUUUUUU